AAUAAUAAUGAAAUAAACGAGCAAAUGCUCGAGGUCUUUGCUGCAGACCCUCAAAAUUGAAUUACCUUCUGCACUCCCACUUACCCACAGAGUUUACCCCUCAGUCUUUUUUCACUCUACUCCAAUGGCAAAGUUGAAACCGCUACCAUACUCGGUGUUCAGUUUGAGGUUAUGACAGUGAUAACAACCAUCAACUAACCUAAAUCCAUCAAACACAACCAGAGUGCGAAAAACCUUUGCAAAGUGUGAACUCCCUAGUCAAUCACCCAAUUGACCACCAUGGGGGACCUUGACACGAGGAUUAAGGAGAGGAUAGCCCAGAACGAGGCGAAUAAACAGUCUCUGGUACUAUUUGGCAGGGACAUGACGAAGAUCCCAUGCUUCAAGCAGAGCUUCAUCAAUGGAAUUUUGAGUGGAGUUGGUGCAGGAAUUCUUGUUUUCAUGUUUACGAGUAAACCUAAGCUGGCUAGUCACUCGAUGGUGGGCACCUUUGGAGUUGUUACAUUAGGAUAUUUCGGUGUCUGUCGGUAUCAGUAUGCACAUGAGCAAUUGAUGAUUGCGAAGAUGCAAGGACUCAUGCGAGAAGCUAAGAUUACCGAAGGUUUAGAACACGAGGAAAAGAUAAAGGAGAUUGGAAAACUUUUGGAUGCGUAAGGGACUGUAGAAUAAGAGAACAAAGUGAAUAGAAUUAUCAACAGAAUUAACUGUUAGAAUUCCUCGAUUCUGUGAGGACCAAGAGAUGUAUUAUACAAACAGUCAAAUGUAUAUUUUAAUUAACAACUUCUUUAGUGAAUAAAAUAUGUGAUUAUAGUUGAUUUU